AUCAUGCAACACGAAAGUACUACACAUCGUUUUUCCCAUUUAAUUUUAAUUCAAAUUCGAAGUUGCAUCUUUGUACGCAAUCUUCUUCUAUAAAUUUAAACCAAAAUUAGACUUAAAUGCUAAACUGAAAAGGCCAUGGAAGAAGCUCAUUCUAGUAAUCAAACCCCAUUGUUGAACAACAAGCAUCAUAAUCAUCUCCAUAGAACUGGGAAUGUAUGGACGGCGGUGGCGCAUAUAAUAACGGGGGUCAUAGGCGCCGGGGUGCUAUCUCUGGCGUGGAGCAUGGCUCAGUUGGGGUGGAUUGCCGGACCUUUGGCUAUGGUGCUCUUCGCGUCCGUAACUUUGAUUUCCACGUAUCUUCUCUGCAACUGUUAUAAAACGCCUGAUCCUGAAGUUGGACCCGUCAGAAAUCGAUCCUACAUCGAUGCUGUUAACAUGAAUUUAGGGAAAACCAAUGCAAGGGUUUGCGGCCUUUUUGUUCAAGUAGGCUUGUAUGGUAUGGGAAUAGCAUAUACAAUAACAUCUGCUAUUAGCCUGAGAGCAAUUCAAAAAUCCAACUGUUACCACAAUGAAGGGCAUAAUGCUGAAUGUUAUUUUGGAGAUGCUCAGUAUAUGCUAGCUUUUGGAGUUGUUCAAUUAAUACUCUCUCAGAUAAAUAAUUUUCACAACAUACAAUGGCUAUCGGUGGUUGCUGCAUUCAUGUCCUUUGCUUAUUCUAUCGUUGGUCUUGGACUUGGCAUUGCUAAAGUAGUAGGAAAUGGUUAUAUUAAGGGUUCCAUUCGAGGAAUCUCAACAUCUACUACUGGUGAGAAAGUUUGGCUGGUUUCUCAAGCACUUGGAGACAUAGCAUUCGCCUAUCCCUACUCCCUAAUUCUUAUUGAGAUACAGGAUACUUUAAAGUCACCUCCUUCUGAGAAGGACACCAUGAAGACAGCUUCAAUAAUAUCAAUUUCUGCCACAACCUUCUUCUAUCUCUGUUGUGGAGCACUUGGAUAUGCAGCCUUUGGAGAUAAGACACCAGGGAAUCUCUUGACUGGUUUUGGAUUUUACGAACCAUAUUGGCUCAUCGACUUUGCUAAUAUGUGCAUUGUUCUUCAUCUAGUUGGAGGAUAUCAGGUUUACAGCCAGCCACUAUUUGCAAACGUUGAGAAAUGGGUCUCAGUGAAAUUUCCGGACAGUGGAAUCAUACACAAGGAUUUCAAGUUGAAACUCCCACUUUUGCCAGCUUUUAAAUUAAACGUUCUUAGAUUAUGCUUCCGCACCAUUUUCGUAGCUUCGACAACAAUAAUUGCCAUGUUAUUCCCAUAUUUCAACCAAGUUUUGGGAGUAUUAGGAGGCAUCUACUUCUGGCCCCUAUCAAUAUACUUUCCAGUGCAGAUGUACUUCAAGCAGAGAAACGUUGAAGCCUGGUCACUAAAGUGGGUCAUGCUCCAAAGUUUCAGCCUUGUGUGCCUUCCACUGACAUUGUUCGCCCUGGUCGGGUCGAUUGAAGGGCUCAUAACUGCAAGAUUAAAAUAAAGCAACUCCAUUGAUUCUAGACAAUCAUGGGGAAGAGAAAGAAACAUUAGGAUUGUACUUGUAUAGAAAUGUAUGAAGUUAGAUUUACAUUUAGUUGGAAAUUACAAUAAGCCUUUGUACUUUUUCAGGAGAUUAGGAAACAUGGUAUUGGGAUUGUAGUGUUGGAAUCAAAUAAUCAUCUCCUUGAGCGAAUUCAAUGGUGUGUGUGCUUGAGCAUUUGGAAUGUGGGUAAUUUUUGAAUGAUUUAUCAGCAAGGUUUGUGUGUAAAUUCAUGUAUUUAUGUAUUCGAGUCAUGUUCCUAUAUUUAUGUAUCAUUAAACCUUCUCCUA